AUGGGUAAGAGCGAGGCCAUCGAGACGCCCGAGCUCGUCGAGUACACCGACUCGAAGCAGCGGACCGACUAUGAUAAGGUCGACAAUGAGGUUGCCAAGUAUGCUGGCGAAACCAUUGUCGAGAUCGACGAAGCGACGAACAAGAGGCUGAAGAGGGCGGUUGACAAGCGGAUAUUGAGUGUCAUGGUUUUCACAUACUUCAUGCAGUCUCUUGACAAGGGAACGAUGUCUUUUGCCUCCAUCAUGGGUAUCGUGAAAGACACAGGCCUCAAGGGCCAAGAGUACUCUUGGUUGACGACCGUCAUCUACCUUGUCAUUCUUUGUGUCGAGUACCCGGAAAACUACAUCAUUCAGAAGGUCCCGAUCGCGAAAUGGCUUUCAUUCAACAUCAUAAUGUGGGGCGUCACACUGACUCUUCACGCCGCGUGCAACAACUUCACUGGACUGGUCAUCGUCCGCGGCUUUCUGGGCGCGUUCGAAGCCGUCUGCCAACCGACCUUCGUCCUCUUGACCUCCAUGUGGUACAAGCGAGAAGAGCAAGCGUCGACGGCCAUUCACUGGUACAUGAUGAACGGGCUCCAACAGAUCUUUGGCGGGUUACUGGCCUUCGCGUUCUCCUUCAUCCCUGACUCGUCUCACGUCAAGUCUUGGCAAGCCCUGUUUAUGAGCUAUGGCAUCAUCACCGUCUUUUGGGGUUUCUUCGUGCUCUGGUGGAUGCCCGACUCGCCGAUGAAGGCACACUGCUUCAGCGAAGAGGACAAGAAACUCCUGGUGGAGCGUGUCCGGUCCAACCGCACUGGUCUGCAGAACCGCAAGUUCCGCAAGGAGCAGGUCUGGGCAGCCUUCAAGGACCCUCAAGGCAUGUCACUCUACGGGUUCGCCUUGAUUCAACUACUGACCACCCUGCCUUCCGGAGGCCUUGGCGCAUUCGCGAAUAUUAUUAUCAAGUCGUUCGGGUUCACUACAUGGCAAACCCAGCUGCUGCAGAGCGUGACGGGUAUUUUGCAAAUUAUCACCAUGCUCACGGCCUCGUGGAUCGACAGGCGCUACAAGCAGACAAUCCUAGCCAUGAUAGGGGCCGUCAUCCCUACCAUCGCCGGCACCAUCGUCCUUCUCACCGUUCCGUUCGAGCCUAGCAAGAAGGUCGGCCUGCUGUUCGCGUACUACAUCAUGAUCUCCUUCUGGGCCUGCAGCGGUCUCGCUCUGUCUCUCGUCACACGCAACGUGGCCGGCCAGACCAAGAAGGGCGUGGUGAUCACUAGCAACUUCGUCUUCUGGGCUGUGGGGAAUUCCAUCGGGCCCCAGGUCUUCCGCUCACAGGAUGCGCCGCGCUACUUCCUUGCGCUGGCCAUCAUCAUUGGAUGCUUCUCGUUGCUGGUGGUUGUCCUUUUCUUCCUGCGGACAUACUACAUAUGGCAGAAUAAACUGCGUGAUGACAAGAUCGCGCGUGGCGAGGGCGUUGCGGAUACGACACACACUCAUGCUUUCGAGGACAUGACCGACAAGGAGGAUGUGAACUUCAGAUACGUCUACUAG